GUGAACGUGUAAAUUGAGUUCCAAUAUAUAGCUUCCCGCAUGCUUGCUAUGCACUGCGCAAAGCCAGGUAAUCUCGAGAAAAUAUCUGGAACAUGACAUCCUCCGAACAAUGGGGGACAUUCCUCCAACAAUGUUUGCUCCACCGGAUCGAUGCCGCGGAGUUCAAGAACCUCACGCGGCUGCUGAUGCAGCGCUAUCCCAUUGGUGAAGCCCAGCUACUCGAUGUAUUGCUGGAGACGCGCCUCGCAACGGGGAUUAAAUGGGAUCCUCUGCCCCCUUUGUAUAUUGACUGUCUGUGCAAGAUGGGUUUGGUGCGAACUUCGACGAUGUUGAAUUCGCUGCUCAAGCAUUCGUCUAUUCAUGAUAAGAUGCCGUCGGCGGGUGGUUCGGAGGCGAAUGCUGCUGCUGCUGUGCAGGGAAAGCAGAAGCGGAAGUGUUAUACCCUGAUGACGGAUAUCAGGGUUGUUCAGGAUGCUAUGCUUUCUGUUUCGACGGGCACUGCUUCGAAGACUUUUGCUGAGGCGUUGAGUAUCUUUGCGUCGAUAGUGGAUUGGAUUCAGGCGGUUGUGGCUUGGCAUAAUAGUCAUUUGGAUACCAGUCAUCAGACGGGAGGGUUGAUGAGUUCGCCUGAUGCGGUGUCGUUGUUUGAGAGUCUCGGGAUUCUACUUGCGGCGCUUUCGGGGACGGCUAAGGGGUUGGAGGUUCUUUCGGCGGAUUCUCAUGAAGCGUUGAAGAUAAAGCUUGGACAGGCUUUGUCGGCGUAUCUUCCCCUCUGUGUGGAAGUAUCCCUGCCGCUCCGUAACCGGUUGGAUAGCUUGCAGAAGGAGUUCAAUCUGUUUGGAGAGCCUCCGUCGAAAGCGUUGGAUGUUUCUAUGAUGGAAAAUGUCAAUGUCAAUGCCCUUCAGUUUGAGGACUCGGUCAUGGACGGGCCUGUGAUUAAUUCGAGAGCAGGUCUCUAUGUGUAUAUCAAUGCGAUGCUUGUGGGCCGCCCCUUGGUGGAUGAUAGCAUGCUGCUCAAUUUCUUGUCGAAUAGAUACGGCGGCCACUAUCAAGUUCUCAUCGAGGAGCUCAUAACGGCAACGUUCGAUGUCCUCUCAAAUGCUAGCUACCGCAACGAGUCUAGCCGAACAAUGUUCUUGUUCCGCUCGUUUUUGGUGAACAAGCUCCCCACCUUCAUCGCGGCCAUGUUGGCAGCCUCUAUUGUGUCAUUGCCGUUGCCGAUGGAGCUUUGCAUCAGCCAUGCUUUGAGCCGGCUAGACCCAAACACAUUCCCAUCGUUCUCGCAGAUGUUCGCUAUGCAAAGCAACACGGUCUUAUCCGAUGUGCGACAAGAGUUCCUGUUCGCGUGUGCCUCGCACAAGUUGAUUCCCGAGUCGAGUAUUGAGCGCCUGUUGGGCGAGAAUCCAAUGCAGACUCUUCCCGUCGGUGGCCCUUACAACAAGGAUGAGCUCGUCUCGCAGAUCAAUGCCAAUCCGGAGCGUGCAGAGCAGUUGAUCAACGAGAUAGAGUCAAUGGAGGGCAACGCAGGUGCGAUAGUGGGUGCUAUUACAGAUGUCAUGCACCAUCUCUGCAAUCAAAAAGAGACGAUGACGUUGAAAAACAUUUGCAACUCACUCUCCCGUCGGCCGCAGGCUCUGGACGUGAUUUUGCUCUUCCGGAGCUUGAAGCAAGUACUUCAACCGCUCUGCGCUUUGCUAGACGCCUGGCACUGGGACGAGGACCAGGGCGAGAGUCAACCGGUCUACGACGAGUUCGGAAGCAUUCUUCUGCUCGUGCUGACCUUCAAGUUCCGAUACGAUCUGCGACCGCAAGACAUGGGAAUCGGAGGUAGCAGCUCCUUCGUCCUGCGACUGCUCGAGAACGGCUUCUGCAGCCAGAAGCUUGACGACCUCAGCGAGAAGCAGAACAAGAACCUUGGGUCUUGGAUCAACGCCCUAUUUAUGGCCGAGGGAAUCAGCGAAGAGACCAUGUCCGCCUGCAGUCCACAGGAAUUCUACAUGCUAGUGACAACACUCUUCAACCAAAGUCUCAGCGCAUGCGAAGCAGGAAAGCUCGACUUCGACACCCUCAAGGGCGGCUUCGAAUACCUCCUCGAACCCUUCCUCCUCCCAUCCCUCAUCCUCGCCCUAAACUGGCUCGGCAACCACAUCUGGGAAUCCGAAAGCGACCCCUCCAUCCCCCUCAAAGCCCUCCACUCCCUCAUAAGCCCAAGCUCCAUCUCCGGCGAAGCCAAAGAAAUCCACCGAACCGUCCUCAACAUCACCGCGCGCUCCCUCGAAGAACAACUCAAGAGCAUCCGCGCCCGCCAACCCGACGACACCAUCAAACCCAUCCUCGAGGCCCUCGAACCCCACCUCUCCUUCCAACGCAGCGGCAGCACCCGCCGCAGCGAGCUCGAGUCCUGGACCGCCCACACCCCCGGCGGCCUCCUCGCCAGCAUCCGCAGCACCUUACAAUCGCUCAUCCUCUGGAGCACCAGCCCAGACAUGAGCAUGGCCCCUCAAUCCUACACCCACCGCCAAUUCAUCGCAGGCAUCCACAUCCAAGGCUCCAUGCGCGUACUUUGCGCCCUAAUCGACGAACUCAAACUCCAAGCCACCACCUCCCCCACAAACACUACAGGCAGCAGCGACCUCGCCCUCGACAUCGCAGCCACCAUGAUCUGCGCCCCGCUGGCUGACUCCUUCGCCGUCGACCAAAACACCUACUCCCCUCACCACCACAUCGACCCUACCAACACGACCAAAGAACUCCCCCCGCGUAACCCCAUCCUCACCCCCCGCGGCGCCCUCUACCAGUUACACGACUCCGUCCCCAAGAUCUGCGAAAGGGAUCCCCUCCGCGCGGAAAUCAUCGUGCGGCUCUGGCGCCGUGUCAACGCGGCCCUUACUCCGCCCUCGCAGCUCGACAUGAACAACAUCAUUCAGAACAUGCAGCUCGGCGUUGGUGUAGGUGGACCGGGACAAAUGGACCUAGAUACCUCCGGGGCAGGCGGCCACGAAGAGGAGAGUACGAUCAACCAGAUGCUGGAUAAUGCUGUCGCGGCGGGAAUGGAUGGUGGUGGGGGAGCAGGAGGCAUGGGCGGGAUGGGAAGUGGAGGGUUGGAUACGAGUAUUGAUGAUGUGUUGAAUGCGGCGGAUAUGGCGGUGGGGAAUCCCGAGUUUUUGGAUUUGGAUAUGGAGGGGUUGUUUUAG